GUCAAAACAAUUGCCUCGAGCGGCAGCCAUCAUGGAUUUAAAGGGGCAGUACCGGCAAGAGCGGCGGCAAGAGCGGCAGCCAGACCGGCAGAUUGCAGACCGGGCAAGGUCCCCCCGGCCAGGAUGUCAGGCCUGGUGUUGGGGCAGCGGGAUGAGCCUGCAGGCCACCGGCUCAGCCAAGAGGAGAUCCUGGGGAGCACACGGCUGGUCAGCCAAGGGCUAGAGGCCCUACACAGUGAACACCAGGCCGUGCUGCAAAGCCUGUCCCAGACCAUUGAGUGUCUGCAGCGGGGAGGCCAUGAGGAAGGGCUGGUGCAUGAGAAGGCCCGGCAGCUUCGCCGUUCUAUGGAAAACAUUGAGCUCGGGCUGAGUGAGGCCCAGGUGAUGCUGGCUCUAGCCAGCCACCUGAGCACAGUGGAGUCAGAGAAACAGAAGCUGCGGGCUCAGGUGCGGCGGCUAUGCCAGGAGAACCAGUGGCUGCGGGAUGAGCUGGCUGGCACCCAGCAGCGGCUACAGCGCAGUGAACAGGCUGUGGCUCAGCUGGAGGAGGAAAAGAAGCACCUGGAGUUCCUGGGGCAGCUGCGGCAGUAUGAUGAGGAUGGACACACCGCGGAGGAGAAAGAAGGUGAUGCCACCAAGGAUUCCCUGGAUGACCUCUUCCCUAAUGAGGAGGAAGAGGACCCCAGCAAUGGCUUGUCCCGUGGUCAAGGUGCUACAGCAGCUCAGCAGGGUGGAUAUGAGAUCCCAGCAAGGUUGCGGACGUUGCACAACCUGGUGAUCCAGUACGCAGCCCAAGGUCGCUAUGAGGUGGCCGUGCCACUCUGUAAGCAGGCACUAGAGGACCUGGAGCGCACAUCAGGCCGUGGCCACCCUGAUGUCGCCACCAUGCUCAACAUCCUUGCUUUGGUGUAUCGGGACCAGAAUAAGUAUAAGGAAGCUGCCCACCUGCUGAAUGAUGCCCUCAGCAUCCGGGAGAGCACCUUGGGACCCGACCAUCCUGCUGUGGCUGCCACACUCAACAAUUUGGCUGUGCUCUAUGGCAAAAGGGGCAAAUACAAGGAGGCAGAGCCUCUGUGCCAGCGGGCACUGGAGAUUCGAGAAAAGGUCCUGGGCACUAAUCAUCCAGAUGUGGCAAAGCAGCUGAACAACCUGGCCCUCUUGUGCCAAAACCAGGGCAAGUAUGAGGCCGUGGAACGCUACUACCAGCGAGCACUGGCCAUCUACGAGGGGCAGCUGGGGCCGGACAACCCUAAUGUAGCCCGGACCAAGAACAACCUGGCUUCCUGUUACCUAAAACAGGGCAAAUAUGCUGAGGCUGAGACACUAUACAAAGAGAUCCUGACCCGUGCCCAUGUGCAGGAGUUUGGGUCUGUGGAUGAUGACCACAAGCCCAUCUGGAUGCAUGCAGAGGAGCGGGAGGAAAUGAGCAAAAGCCAGCACCAUGAGGGUGGGACACCCUAUGCUGAGUAUGGAGGCUGGUACAAGGCCUGCAAAGUGAGCAGCCCCACAGUGAACACUACUCUGAGAAACCUGGGAGCUCUGUAUAGGCGCCAGGGAAAGCUGGAGGCUGCUGAGACCCUGGAGGAAUGUGCCCUGCGGUCCCGGAGACAGGGCAGUGACCCUAUCAGCCAGACCAAGGUGGCAGAGCUGCUUGGGGAGAGUGACAGUAGAAGGACCUCCCAGGAGGGCCCUGGAGACAGUGUGAAAUUCGAGGGAGGUGAAGACGCCUCUGUGGCUGUGGAGUGGUCCGGGGAUGGCAGUGGGACCCUGCAGAGGAGUGGCUCUCUUGGCAAGAUCCGGGAUGUGCUCCGCAGAAGCAGUGAACUCCUGGUGAGGAAGCUCCAGGGAACUGAGCCUCGGCCCACCAGCAGCAACAUGAAGCGAGCAGCCUCCUUGAACUAUCUGAACCAACCUAGUGCAGCACCCCUCCAGGUCUACCGGGGCCUCAGUGCCAGCACCACGGACCUCUCUUCAAGCAGCUGACAUUCAACCCGGCCCCCAGGUCUGCUGGGUCUCCCCACCCCCACAGCCCUCACAGCAUUCCCCAUUGCUCCUGGCUCUUCCCCACCCCUAGGUGGGACAGUGAAGGGGAGCAGUUUAACCAGAAGAUUGCUGCUGCCCGUAGGCUCUCAGCUCCCUCCUCAGGAAUCCCUCUUAGGAAGGACCCUCAGGAUACCCUCUCUGCACCCUGUGGUCCUCUCGAGUAGCUAGCUCUGAGGCCCCAAGGUGGGUACAAAGCAGGUAUGGCCCUCAGAGAUACAGCCUGCUGCUGGCUUUUCAGUCAGAGGGUUGGGGGCUGGCCAGCCAAGCUGCCUUGCCCUGGCCGCUCUUAUUCCCUCCCUCUGCUGUCUCACUUCAGGUCCAUGUAUUUCACUUUUCUUAAAUAAAAGUAUCAGAUAACCUUUC